AUGGCGUCCAGAUUAGAUCGCCUCGUCACCAUCCUGGAGACAGGCAGUACCAGGCUAAUUCGCGAUACUGCCGUCAACCAGCUGGCGGACUGGCAAAAACAGCACCCCGAUGAACUGUUUAAUCUACUCUCCCGCGUUGUCCCCUACCUGCACCACAAGGACUGGGAAACCAGAUCCACUGCCGCAAAGGCAAUUGGCAAAAUUGUAGAGAAUGCGCCCCUCUACGACCCUAAUGAAGACGAUGGCGACAAUGUCGCACACAAUCCCAAAAAGGAAGAACCCACUUCCACCGAAAAUGGUCAUGUGAAAAAGGAACAAGACGACGACAACACCGCAGGCAUCGCCAACAUCGACCUCAAAUCCGACGACCUCUUCAGCCUCGACGCCAUCAAUGUCGACUCCAUUCUCAAGUACGGUCGUGAACUGUUGCGCGGUGGUGGCCUCGAAUACAACCUGGCCGCGCUGGAUCCCGCCGAUCGUCUGGCGCAUCAGAGAAAGACGCUUCCUGGCCGCCUCGGCUUGCUUGGCCGCAAGGUCGAAGAUGAAGAACUCGCUCCUCCGGAACCUGUGGGCGUGCCCCCGACACCAAUCGAGGGCCCCAGCAAUGGUGGCCUUCCCAGGAGCGACAGUAUCACCCAGAGCCAGGCCGAGGACUCUCAGCUUAGCUCCAGACAGCUGAAUGUUCUCAAACGCAAGCGGAAGAGGGAGGCCAUGCGGGCUUCUCAGGGAAAGAGUGGCUUCGGCGACCUCUCUCUGCGACGUUCUACGACAGCCGGCUCCGAGGCUAUGGCUGACGACACAACCAUGGCUGAUGCGGAUUCGAAAAAGAACGGCAAGAUGAAUGAAUACUUCAACCUUGAUCGUCCCGCUGAAACCGACGAGGAAACAAAGGUCGUCAGCGAAUUCAAGGGUCCGAUCCUCCCCAUUAAAUCAGAAAUUGAAACCGACGACGACAUGGAAGGUGCCGAAUGGCCCUACGACCGCCUAUGUGACUUCCUUAAAGUCGACAUUUUUGACCCCUCCUGGGAGACGCGUCACGGAGCUGCCAUGGCUCUGCGAGAGGUGAUACGCGUUCACGGCGGCGGCGCUGGCAGGGGUCCUGCUAAAUCUAGAGCCGAAAAUGAUGCCGCCAACAAGAAAUGGCUUGACGAUUUGGCCUGCCGCCUUUGCUUCGUCCUGAUGCUCGACCGUUUUACAGACUACAGCUCCGACACAUCUGUCGCGCCCAUCCGUGAAACCAUUGGUCAGACCCUUGGUUCUGUUCUCAAGCAUGUCCCUGCUGAAUCUGUCUACGACACGUAUCGCAUCCUGCAUCGCAUGGUACUUCAGGCAGGCCUCAGGAUGGAGCGACCCGUCUGGGCUGUUUGCCACGGUGGCAUGGUCGGUCUUCGAUACGUCGUCGCAGUGAGGAAGGACAUGCUGCUGCAGCACAACGAUAUGAUUGAUGGCGUUAUUGCCGCCGUCAUGAAGGGGCUUGGCGACAGUGACGAUGAUGUCCGCUCUGUUAGUGCUGCGACUUUAAUACCCAUGGCAAAGGAAUUCGUCAUGAUGCGCCCCGCUGCGCUCGAUGGCCUCACAAAUAUUGUCUGGGAGAGUCUCUCGAACCUGGGCGACGAUCUCAGCGCCAGUACCGGACGCAUCAUGGACCUUUUGGCAACGCUUUGCGGCUUCCCAGAGGUCUUAGAAGCAAUGAAGGCCUCCGCCGACAAGGACGAGGAGCGCUCAUUCACUUUGCUUGUCCCUCGUCUCUACCCAUUCCUACGUCACACCAUCAGCUCAGUUCGCCUUGCUGUUCUCAAGGCUCUAUUGACAUUUGCCAACCUCGCCGAUGAAUCUUGUCAAGGCUGGCUGAAUGGCAAGAUUUUACGACUCAUCUUUCAGAAUAUCCUCGUGGAGCGGGAUAGAGAAACUCUUAAUAUGUCACUGGAGCUCUGGACCGCCCUCGUACAAAAUUUGGCAAAGAAUCCCGAUGCUUUAGCUGACGAAUUCGCUCCCAACAUUGAUGCCCUCAUGGAGCUGACGUUGCACCCAAUUGGUGUCUCUCGAUACCCCAUUCCUAUGAAUGCCACGCUUUUUCAGAAGCCCUCCGGCGGCACCUACUCUAUGCCUGCCACAGCCCAGAACGCAGCUGGCAGGCUACCGUCGCCAGAAGUGAGCGACCGUGCCCCCAAGCGCCGUCGAAAGUCAGCCAAGGCAGAGGAGUCGGCACCGGUCAACGUUGGCCACGACGUCGACGGCCACAUGAUGACUGGUGAUGUUGAUCUUGUUGGUAUGGAUGUUCUCAUCCGGUCAAGAACUUCGGCAGCCAAGGCUAUGGGCCUGAUCAUGUCCCACGUGCCAUCUGCCAAGCUGGACGACUUUGAUGCCAUUCUCGUACCCGGUCUUUCAUCCGCUUUUGCAUCCACUCAGGUCACAGCAUGUCUUGUGAUUGAUGAGUACUGCAAGGCGUGCAAGGCUGAGGAACAUAUGAAGACUCGAUAUGCCGACCAUCUUCAGCGCAUUCUUGAAAGUGACAGGCCGACCUUCUACCGCGAUCUCGUCAUUUACAUGCAGCGCGUUCGUUCCCAAUGCCAGCAACUUCUACACAUGUUCAGAGAUCAUGGCAAAGUGUCCCCAGGAAAGCUCCCCGUCCUGCCCGUCGUUGUACAGGGUGAAGCGGAAGCAGGCCCUAGUGCUUUCUCUCUCCCGACGGCAGACAAAUGCGUCGCCGAAGAUUAUGACAGACUGAAGAAGAUCAUGCCACCUGGCCAGCGUCUUAUUGCGAACCAGCAGCUUGCCGACUCGCGCGACGUUGCGCAAACCGCUAUUCAAGAAGCUAAGACGCUGAAGGACGGCCGCGAUACCCGAAUCAAGGCGGCUGCGGCGUGCGCACUGGUUGCAAUGAAACAGCUGCCGAAGAAGCCCAGUCCGCUCAUCAAGGGCAUCAUGGAUUCUGUCAAGACAGAAGAGAAUCAAAUACUGCAAUCUCGCGCUUCCGACACCAUUGCCCGACUCGUUCAGCUCUUCGCUGAGAAGGGUCGACGGGGCCCUGCCGACAAGGUCGUCGCUAACCUUGUUAAGUUCUCCUGUGUUGAAGUGGCCGAGACUCCAGAGUUCCCCGUUCACGCAGAAAAGAAGGACUUUAUUCUGUCGAUGCAAAAGGAAGAAGACAGGGUUGAUCAUGCCGACGCCGCCAAAUGGGCAAGAGAGGCCAAGGCUGCUCGUGUCACAAGGAGGGGUGCAAAGGAGGCGCUGGAAAUCCUAGCCCGCAUCUACGGCGCCGCUAUCUUCGAGACUGUUCCUAGCCUACGCAACUACAUGGAACAACCUCUCGUCAAGGCAUUUUCCGGUGAACUCCCGGACGCCGCCAAGGACCCCGAAGAUACUUUUGGCCAGGAGAUUGUCGAUGCCCUAUCAGUGAUCCGCACCAUGGCGCCAACUCUCCACAAGGACCUCCACGCCUUUAUUCUGGAGAUGAUGCCGCUUGUCAUCAAAGCGCUACACUCGGAGCUUUCUGUUUUCCGCUACAUGGCAGCUAAGUGCAUGGCUACCAUCUGCAGUGUUAUGACGGUGGAAGGCAUGACAUCGCUAGUCGAAAAAGUUCUUCCUUCAAUCAACAACCCACUUGAUCUGCACUUCCGACAAGGCGCCAUUGAAGCAAUCUACCACCUCAUUGCUGUCAUGGGUGAUUCUAUUCUGCCUUACGUCAUCUUCCUCAUUGUACCUGUCCUUGGCCGAAUGAGUGACUCGGAUAAUGAGAUUCGCCUCCUCGCGACUACUUCCUUUGCUACUCUUGUCAAGCUGGUCCCGCUCGAGGCUGGCAUUCCUGACCCGCCUGGUCUGUCCCAAGAACUCCUCAAGGGGCGUGACCGUGAGCGCACCUUCAUCGCUCAGCUUUUGGAUCCAAAGAAGGUUGAGCCCUUCGCUAUCCCUGUUGCCAUCAAGGCUGAGCUUCGAUCUUACCAGCAAGAGGGUGUCAAUUGGCUUCACUUUCUUAAUAAAUAUCAUCUUCAUGGCAUUCUGUGCGAUGACAUGGGUCUGGGCAAGACAUUGCAGACACUUUGCAUUGUUGCUAGCGAUCACCACCAGCGUCAGGAAGAGUUUGCAAAGACCCAGGCUCCAGACGUUCGUCGUCUGCCGUCCCUCAUUGUCUGUCCGCCCACGCUGUCUGGCCACUGGCAGCAGGAGAUCAAGACAUAUGCACCGUUCCUUAGUGUAACAGCAUAUGUUGGCCCCCCGGCCGAACGCAAGCUGCUGAAAAGCAAACUUGGAGAUACAGAUAUCGUCAUCACCUCUUACGAUGUUUGCCGUAACGACUCCGAGGUGUUGGAGAAACAUAGCUGGAAUUAUGUCGUUCUUGACGAAGGUCAUUUGAUCAAGAACCCCAAGGCUAAGAUUAGCCAGGCCGUCAAGAGACUUCCCAGCAACCACCGACUUAUUCUUACCGGAACACCGAUUCAGAACAACGUUUUAGAACUCUGGUCGCUCUUUGACUUCUUGAUGCCCGGCUUCCUCGGUACAGAAAGGGUCUUUCUGGAUCGAUUUGCUAAGCCAAUCGCGGCCAGUCGUUUCAGCAAGGCGUCUUCGAAAGAGCAGGAAGCUGGUGCGCUAGCCAUCGAGGCCUUGCACAAGCAAGUGCUUCCCUUCCUUCUACGUCGUCUGAAGGAGGAAGUUUUGAACGACCUGCCGCCCAAGAUUCUGCAAAAUUACUAUUGCGAUCCCAGCGACCUGCAGAGGAAGCUGUUUGAUGAUUUCAACAAGAAGCAAGGCAAGAAGCUGCAAGCAGAGGCUGGCCGAGAAGAUAAGGAAUCAAAGCAGCACAUUUUCCAGGCCCUGCAGUACAUGCGUAAGCUUUGCAAUUCGCCUGCCAUGGUAAUGAAGCCAGGCGUUCCGAUGUUUGACGAGACGCAAAAGAUUCUCUCUAAGCAGGGUACAUCAAUUGACGACGUUACGCACGCACCCAAGCUUGGCGCACUUCGCGACCUGCUAGUUGAUUGUGGCAUUGGUGGCGAUGAUGCAGACAGUAACGACCCUCUGUAUCAGCCAAUCAAGCCUCAUCGCGCUCUUAUCUUCUGUCAGAUGAAGGAGAUGCUCGACAUGGUACAAAACAAGGUUCUUAAGGAGCUUCUGCCCACUGUGUCGCAUCUACGCCUGGAUGGCUCAAUCGAGGCCAGCAAACGACAGGACAUUGUCAACAAAUUUAACAGUGAUCCUUCCUACGACGUCCUGCUCCUGACGACCAGUGUCGGUGGUCUCGGUCUCAACUUGACUGGUGCUGACACUGUCAUCUUUGUCGAGCACGACUGGAACCCGCAGAAGGAUCUACAGGCGAUGGAUCGCGCCCACAGAAUUGGUCAGAAAAAGGUCGUCAAUGUUUACCGCCUUAUCACUAGAGGCACGCUGGAAGAAAAGAUUCUGAACCUGCAGCGGUUCAAGAUUGACGUGGCGUCAACAGUCGUCAACCAACAAAAUGCAGGUCUAGGAACCAUGGACACGGACCAGAUCCUAGACCUAUUCAACGUGGGCGAUACAGGACCAAGCCUGAUAUCAGACAAGCCCCAGAAUAACUUGGAGGGCAGAGAGGAAGAUAUGGUGGAUAUUGAGACAGGUGAUGUACUACGGCAGCCAGGCAAGAAGGCCUGGCUGGACGACCUUGAGGACCUCUGGGACGACAAACAAUACGAAGAGAGCUUUGACCUGGACGGAUUUAUGAAGACAAUGUCAUGA